AUGAAGAGCUUGUUGUGGUUUGGCUGUCUGUGGGCUCUGACCUGUGACCAAUUAUCAUCGGCCUUUGUCCAAAAUCCCACGGCUGCAACCACUUUUCGACAAGAAACAAAACUCAAUUCCAUUUUGGAUACCCUUUCCUCCAUCGGAGGCAUUGCUCCCCCGCAACCAAUCCUCUUUGGAAACAAAGGUCUGCUCAAGUCACUGCUGUCAGGAACCUAUCUGGAAUCGAAUAUUGACAACCUUGAGUGCUGUUACAAGGCAUCACGAGAUGGUUGGUCGGCCAUUGAUUUCCAUACCAAAGUCGACGACAAGGGAUCCGGAUUGGUUGUUGCAAGAACACGCACCGGUGUCACUGUUGGAGGAUUCAACCCCAAUGGAUGGCGAAGUACCGAUGAUUAUUACUUGAGUAACACUGCAUUCUUGUGGCAUGCCCAGGGCAGCAAAGCAGUCAAGAGUCCAAUCUACCCAGGAAGCAAUGCCGGUGUCUACGAUUAUGCCACUGGAGGUCCCAACUUUGGAGCUGAAGAUCUAGUUCUGGGAGCUCCUCAGGCUGCAAUCAUGGGAGGGUUCGCCGGGCCAGAUAUGGAAAAUGUAUCUGCCAAUGCUGGCAACCUGAAACAGGGACGAUGUUCCUUCUCGGGUGCUUAUGACUUUAGCAACCAGUGGCCCAUUCGUGGGCGGUUUCAACUGGUGGAAGUGGAAGUCUACUGUGCGGGAUCUGCUGGAGGCAAACGCAAGUCGUUUUGGUAG